UUUUAAAGUUUGUGACAGCUAAAUUAAAAAUAGGUUAGUUUGAUAGAGACACGGGCCAGGUUACGUUGCUCCAGUUUAAUAAAUAAAAAAAAUGGUCUUACGUAAUUUCUAGGCUUAUAAAGUAAUAGUAUACCAACAAUUUUAGUGCAUAUCAAAAUGGACUUUGAAGAACUUCGGGUUGUGGCUUUACACAAACAUCCCGAUUGUUUAAUGGCAUGCUGCGAUAUGAUAAACGAUGAAUGGCCUCGAAGUGUGACAGCGAGACUAAAUUCCUUACAAGGGUCCUGUGACAAUUUACCAACAAGUUUAAUUUUAAUUAAUAACAAUAAGACGUUACUAGGACAUUGUAAACUAUCUCCGAUCCCAAGUUUGUCGAGAAGCUGCUUUUUAGAAACUGUGGUUAUAGCUAAAGCAAUGCGUGGAAAGAAACUUGGAACGUUUAUGAUGAAGAAAGUUGAAGAAUAUUGCAAAGAUAUUUUAAAACUAGACAUGAUACAUUUGUCUACUCAAGGACAACAGGAUUUCUACUCCAAAUUGGGUUAUGUUGUUUGUCAUCCUAUAUCAAUUUAUGGCAAUGUGAAACUAAAGGAGACAUCAACGAACAAGAAAACUAAAAAGGAAACUACCGCAUCAAGACAAAAAGCUACCAAGGAAAAGACACCACCACCUCCACCUCCGCCGCCCCCACCGACUUCAACUCCAACAACUAAUAAACCUGAACAAGUAUUUAUGUUUAAGAAAUUAUUUUAAAUACUUUAUUGAUUUGGAAAUCACUUUACAUUUUUUGUAUAAAUAACUUUUACAUUAUUUUAAGUGACUUUCUACAACUACUUCUACAAGCCUAGUCAAUAUUUUUAAGACAUGCAUUUAUUUUUAUGCCAAACUAAUGUAUUAAAUGGUA